CGCAUAAAAAACCCACUAUAAAACUUCAUUUUUGCACACGCACUGCUCUCUCGCUCGGACUUGCUCCUUCAUUUUUCAAUUCCACCCGAAAAGGAGAGUGAUCGAUCCAUCGAGUGAGUGAGUGUCUUUGUGUUUUCAUUAAUCAUUAUGGCACUUUCAAGUGUAACAACUUUCUCAACUUCGUUGUCGCAUGAGACAACUCAACACUCUCUCUCAUCUCACCAACCCUCUUCCAAAAUCAAAACCGUUGUUGCCACCAACCAUCACCACCAACCAAGACGCAUCUUGGCCGUCCACGCAGCCGACGCUCCCAAAGGCGCUGCCACCACAUCCGCCGCCGUGACAACCACGAAGAGCGGAUCCAAGUGGAAUGUGGACAGCUGGAAGUCAAAGAAGGCGCUUCAACUGCCGGAAUACCCGGACAAGAAUGAGCUGGAGACGGUGCUGAAGACGAUAGAGUCGUUCCCGCCGAUCGUGUUC